AUGCGUUCUCAAUCCCUUCUGGCAGCUCUGAGCCUAGGCUCAGCAGCUCUAGCAUUGCAUGACCAAUUUCCAGUGAACACUGGCGAUCGACCCUUGGAUAUCGUCAAUUCGUACGCUGACAAUGCAUUCCCAUAUGAUAGUCCCAGCUCAAACUCUGAGCAAUGGAGAUUUGACAAAGGUCCUCCCGAGAACGCAACCGGGAACUUGAUCUUCGACACAGUCCAUUCAUUCUUGCAACACUGGCCGAAUACACGAUAUCGAAAUGGCAUGUUUUCGCCGCUUGCUGGCGCUCGAAGAAUUACUUUGCUUUAUCACGGCACCAAUAGCGACACGAUACCCACCGAGCCCGACUGGGUCGCUGCAGACCCAGAGCAUUCGAUCAUUUUCGCUUCUGGAAGAGAUGAGAGUGGCUGGCACCUCACGCUGGCAGCGACACGACCUCUUAAAGUGUUAUACUUUGAUGGCAGCAGUGCUGCCAAGGUAAUGGACGGUUCGCUGGAUAUCCAGUUCUUAGUAGCCUGGGGAGAUUCGAUACCGGGGCGAGUCAAUGACGGAGAUUUGAUUAAAGCUCUUUGUGCAUGGGGGAAGGAGUUUGGAAUCGACGGUUUCGUGAGGAUGGAAAUGGACUUUGAAGUGAUGUUGUGCGAUUUUACGGCCGGUGUCGAGGUCGUAUCUUUCCUGCAUGUCGUCAUACCAAAGGAUGAAAUGUCAUACCCUGACCCGGGCCCUCCUCCACUUGAUUCUGACAUCUGGAUUCGCAGCUUUGAAGUCAUGCAGUCUGGCUCAUGGCGCAAUCGCUACCCAGGAGAUUCGCGCAUCGUGCUCGACCUAACUGGUCUCAUCUCAUUGUAUGAUCCCUCGCUGGCACCUUCCCUCAUCCCGGUUCGCGCGGGUCGUGAACGAUGGGACCACCGCGUGCUCGGAAUAUCAUCAGAGGACAUCUCGCGGAUGAUGAUAAAGCUCACCGAAGUUGUCAGUCGACCAGACACGACAGGCAGCGGCAUUGACUGGAAGACCCUUUUCCACGCCAUCGUGGAUCGAUACGCGGAUCGACUCGAGUUGAUGCAGUAUAUUCUCAAUUUCGCCUCAUUAGACUCACAGGCAUUCCUUCAACGAGCGAAGCUGGCGCAGGCCCAGCUCCGCGUUAUGCUUACGCCAUAUUUAUUACGUUCUACCGUCGUUCCUAGCCAAGGCACUUCCGGCACAGACGCAUCGCAGUGGGCAUCCCCGAUCUUCAGGCACUGUGCCACAACGCACACUUCAGCGAUGAUAAACAAAAUACCCUUUAUGACGUCUUCGGAACGCUUACUGCUGAAAGCCGUCGAGGACACCACGCGCGAAAUCUGCCGUGUCACUACCAAAAUGUGGGCUAAUGGUGUGAUGAGCGGGCUCGAUCCCCUCUUUCGGGUGGAACGUAAUGGGGAGCUUGAAGUCACUCAAUUAAUGAACGAAUGGAGACAAGAAAUCCAUAAGCUGAUGGCUUGGUUAGACUGGAGCGUAUGGAUCAAAUGCCGACCCGCCUGCGGCCCACAGGAAAUGUGCUAUCUCCCUACUUGGCCAAUCAAUGCCCCCUUCCCGGAUGAUGAUCCACCUCCGCCUCCGCCUCCGGGAAUCCCACGGAACACUACGGAUGCUCCAGAAGAAAAUUAUCUUGCUGAUCUAGUGGGACCUCGGCCCGAGCGUCGAGCUGUCGCCGAUGCGCUUUUCUUCCUUGCGCCGGCGGCAGAGGAUUGGGGGAAAGCCUCAACCAAAAUGCAUUAGGCGCUUCCAGCCGUACGGAUUCUAAUCAUGCUCUCGAAGUUAUCUUAACGAGGUUCACGACUUGCAUUUCUGCUGAAGUUUCUGAACUGGUAUAUGUAUGCCAAGUGAUACAACAAAUGAGGGUAUACAAUACAGUUGUACCG